CAGCUGAGAUCAGGGCUCAGAUUAUCUGGUCCCACAGCCUCUAAACUCUUCCACAAUCUGUCAGCGUGUUGCGGGUUGGGCUUGAGUUUUUCGUUUCUAGUCUCAGUUCCUUUCCUGUGAGCUGCGUGGAAGGGCGGAGAGGAAGGACUCAUGAGAUGGAAUCUAUCUGACUGGCGCUGACAAGGGUGUAAAACAAGGGUGUAAUCCCCCUUUCUGGGGAUGUCAGCCCAGAGCCAGAGGAGCAGGAAGGGGCUGCGAUGUUCGUGCUGAGAGCAAUGGAAGGAAGUUCACCAGCCACCCUACGGGUUUGCGAGGCGGGUUUGCAGCAGCUGCUGUAAUAGCUCCGCGAUAUGUGUUUGUUUCUGGUGUAGGUCCCGCUGCUGCCUGGGACUCGGCUGUGGGACCCACCCACCGAGGCUGCAUGGAUUCCCUCUCAUCCAGAAAAACUACAAAGAAGAUGGAGGCAGAACUGAGAAUCUGCUGCUGAUCGGAACCGACUUUGUUUUGAGGCCGUGUGUACCCACACUUGAACAGCUUCAGCUGAACUGGUGCAAGCGCGUGUGUAGACACUCUUAUUUCAGUUUAGUUUAAACCUCUUCCUAGAGGACGUGGAGCUAAAUCGCAAUCAGUCUGGUUAAAAUGGGAACACAUACACACGCUUUUCACUGGCUGAGCAUCAUGCCUUUAAACUAAACCGGUGCGUAACUGAAUGUACAUGGAUCCUGAAUCGCAGAGAGUUGUAGCCAGGGAGAUUGAACUGCUCGGAGUCCAACAUGCCCCCCAGGGACUCCAAGAGAAAGGCGAGAUGGAGGAGCACUUUCACUGCAGUGGAGAUGUGAAGAGAGGCCAGGCUUUGAAACAGGAGAGCAGUAGCAGGUUCGGCUGUGUGCAUGUACCCAGGGCCCUGUGUCUGUGCCCUGGGUCUGACCACACACUCAGGAAAUGUGCUUCCCGUCGAGUCUUAGUCCCAGCCGCAGUCACAGUUAUGUUGAUCAUCAUUAUCGCUGUUCCAGCAGUACUUUUAAUAGUGGAAAAAUUCAAAGCACCUCUUGCUGCUCCAGACCCCCCUGCAGUGCCCUGCUGCCCAGACGGCUGGAUCGGGUACCGAGGGAAAUGCUACUAUUUCUCAGAGACUGACGGGAACUGGACCUACAGCCAGAGCCAGUGCUCUGCACUCAAUGCCUCCCUGGCUGGGAUCGACAGUGAGCAGGAAAAGGAUUUCCUGCUGCGCUAUAAGGGCUUCCUCGACCGUUGGAUCGGCCUCCAGAGGAAGCUAGGCCAGCCCUGGAGAUGGCCCAAUGGCACGGAAUUCGACAAUCGGUUUCAGAUAAGAGGAGGCGGCGACUGUGUUUUUCUGAUUGAUGAGGAUUGGUUCGGCAGCUCGCGUUGCAGAACAUGGAGACACUGGAUCUGCAGCAAACCUGAUACCCAUACAAUGGGGAAGGGAUAUGCUGUGGAGUCAGAACCUUGAGACUCUUAGGAACUAGGCUUGGAAAAUCUGUAUUGGGGAGACACCUUCCACUACCUGUAGAUGAAGGAAGCUGGGUCUUCAUUCCUUACAGACUCUCCCCAGGGCUUCUCUAGUUUUUAUUCACCCAUUGGAAGGAGUGGGGUGGAGCAGAAAAGCUUUUCCAACUCUUAACUUUGAACGAACCAUUCACUGAACUGAACUUGCUGAAUAAAUUGAAAAGAAGAAAAUAUUUUCUCUACACCUGCAGAAGAGGCUGCUGUUCUUCAAAAACUGGUUUAGCGCUUCAGUAAACUCUAGUCAGAUCCUCAGUGGUUCCGGAGCCAAAUUAGGUAUCCGUGUGACCCAAAAGAACCACACUCGUGUGACUCCAUUGUUUCAUUUCCUAUUAUAUAUAUGAUAUAUACACCGCUAUGUGUUCUCACAGCAAGUGACCAAGUAUUCUUUUAUUUUAUUGACUGUCCAGAUAUUAUUUUAUCAACUACAAUUGGUUAAUAACCAUAGUAAAAUCAUCCUGAUUGGUUAAUAACUUAGCUUAGUUAAUAUUUAAAUCACAGUAUUUUAAUAUCCAGGGCUUCAGGAGACACAUUAGAGAGCAACAGUGCUCUAGGAUGGUGAUACAGGAAAGGCUGAAGGCAAGGGCGUGGCAGAGGGAUUAACCGGCUGAUGUCUCCAUGCUGGAGCCAGAGGGAGCUGAGGGCCAGGGGAACAGUGGCAGGGCUGAUCUGCUAGAGAUGAAAGGUAACAGAACAGGGUGAGUGCUGGAUAUUUCUCGGGUGAGGAUGAACUCCCCGGGGGAGAGGCUGCUGGGAAGACUGGGUUUGCACUCCAGCUGGGGUGGCUGACAUGGCAGAAGGACAGAAGCAGAUCAGAGAAGAGCCCUGGGGUGGUGAAAGACAUUGAUGGACCAAAUGUCAUGGGAUUUUAAGGACUAUAUGCAUGGGGGGUAAUAAAUGGACUAUGUUUUGG